AUGUCCGAAGCCACCACCACCCCCCAAAAGCUCUACCCCAUCCCCGCCCCGCGGCUGCAGGAAUUCGUGCAGUCGGUGCUCACAGCCAACGGAGUCUCCCCCCAAAACGCCCAAAUCACCGCGUCAUGCCUAGUGCAAGCAGAUCUAAGGGGCGUCGACACGCACGGCUCAAACCGGAUUCCGUCGUACAUGGAGCGCAUCCGCCAGGGCGUUCUCGAUGCCUCUGCAGACCCAACGCUGAGUCAAACGACGCCCGUUGUAGCGCUGGUAGAUGGACACAAUGGCUUCGGGUUUCCCGCGGCGCAUAUGGGUAUGGCUAGGGCGAUUGAAAUGGCGCGGGAGUUUGGGAUUGGAAUGAUGAGCGUCAAGCACUCGAAUCAUUUCGGUAUGUCGGCCUGGCUUGUCCAGCAGGCGAUUGAUGCCGGUAUGAUGUCGCUUGUCUUUACAAACUCCUCGCCGGCUCUACCUGUCUGGGGUGGACGCGAAAAGUUGAUGGGCGUGAGUCCCAUCGCCUGUGGAGCGCCGGCGGGCAAGUCCAAGCCGUUUAUUCUGGAUAUGGCGCCUAGUGUCGCUGCGCGAGGGAAGAUUUACAAAGCUCUCAGACGGGGGGAGAAAAUACCUACUGACUGGGCACUUGACAGCGAAGGGAAACAGACUGAUGAUCCGGCAAAGGCUCUGGAGGGGGUCAUGCUGCCCAUGGGAGGACCCAAGGGCUCCGCACUGGCUAUAAUGAUGGAUCUGUUUUCUGGAGUUCUUUCGGGAUCUGCGUUUGCUGGAAAUGUCACAGGUCCGUAUGAUCCGUCCAAGCCGGCAGAUGUCGGCCACUUUUUGGUGGCAAUUAAACCGGACCUUUUUAUGGGACUGGACGAGUUCAAGGAGAGGAUGGACUAUUUGUACCAAAGGGUCGUUGGAAGUGAAAAGGCUGCAGGUGUUGAGAGGAUCUAUUUUCCUGGAGAAAUUGAACAAGACAUGAAGGAGGAGAGGCUGCAGAAUGGUAUUCCAUUAAGUGAGGCCGAGAUUGAGGCUUUGAACAAGGAAGCCAACAGAGCAGGGGUAGAUCCGUUAAAGGUGACUUGA